GUGAACAUGAAAUCCAGCUAGCGUGACACUGCUUUUAAUUCUAAAACAAUUGCGAUCGACCGAUUGUCACAAACACAGUGCAGCUUGAGCCGUCCACACAAUGGCGCUUGCGCCUCGUGUUUCAGUGCUUAUCGCUGCCCUAGCGUUGGCGGUGGUGUGCGCAGCGGAGGAUGCCGAACUUGUGAAGUCCCACCUGAAGUCCUCAACGUCUGUUCUGUUCUUUGACGAUUUCGACGGAUCCGACUGGAGCGAACGGUGGAAACACUCCACCGCCGACAAGUACACGGGGCGCUUCACGACCGCCCAGGCCAAGGACUGGACUGACGCGGGGCUGAAGGUGCCGGAGAAGAACAAGCACUACGGCGUGGUCGCACUGCUGGCUGCGCCCGUAGAGCCGGUGGUGGGGCCGGGUGCGCCGCUGGUGGUGCAGUAUGAGGUCAAGUACAGCGAGGGCGUGACCUGUGGCGGCGCCUACCUCAAGCUGCUGUCUGCCGACUCCGCCCUGGCGCCCGAGGGCCUAGUGGACUCCACCCCCUACUCCAUCAUGUUCGGACCCGACAAGUGCGGAGGGCCCGGCAAGGUUCACCUCAUCCUGCGCGCCCGCAACCCCGGCAACGGCACCAUCACUGAGCGCCACCUGGCCUCACCGCCCGUGCCCGACGCCUCCGACUAUACCCACACCUACACGCUCAAGAUCAGUCCGGACCACAAGUAUGAGAUCUCCAUUGACGGCGAGGUCAAGUCCAGUGGCGACCUGCUGGCGGAGGGUGUGGUGGCGCCGCCGCUGCGGCCGCCGCGCGAGGUGCCGGACCCCGAGGACACGAAGCCCGCCGACUGGGUGGACCUGGCCGUUAUCCCUGACCCCAACGCCACCAAGCCGGCUGACUGGGACGACAGGGAGAAGGUGGAGGACGAGGCGGCGACCAAGCCGCGAGGCUGGCUGGACAACGAGUCACCAAUGAUUGAUGACCCAGCCGCCAAGAAGCCUGAGGAGUGGGACGACGAGGAGGACGGCGAGUGGACCCCCAACCAGAUCGUAAACCCUAAGUGCAAGGUGGGGUGUGGCCAGUGGAAGCGGCCGCUCAAGCCCAACCCCGCGUACAAGGGCGUCUGGAAGCCGCCCGUCAUCGACAACCCCGACUACAAGGGCCCCUGGACGCAGCGCCUCAUCCCCAACCCCGACUUCUAUGAGGACGAGGCGCCAAUCACCAGCAGCGUGGCGCCCAUAGGCGGCGUGGCCCUGGAGCUGUGGACCAUUGACAGCGGCUACAUGUUUGACAACCUGAUCAUCACCCGCGACCCGCAGCUGGCGGCAUUGGCGCUGGAGCAGCUGUGGAAGCCGCGACACGAGCAGGAGGUCAAGGCAUUUGAGACGCAACUGAAAGCCAACCAGGAUGCUGACAAGGAGCGCAAGCGCAAGGAGCGCGAGGAGCGCAAAAAGAACCGCAAGAAGGGCCGCGGCGGGCGGCGCGGUAGUGAGCAACUGGAGUCGCUGGCAGACAGCUUCCUCAACCUGUUUGAGCCGGGUGCGGCCCUGGGCCCCCUGGCGCCCGCCCUGGACCCGCUGCUGGAGUGGCUGCGCGACAACCCCGAGGGCAUCGUUCUGCUCAUUGGCGUCACGCCGCUGCUGCUGCUCACCGUGCUCAUGAUCGUGCGCACCAGCGGCCGCCGGAAGGACCGCAAGGACCAGGCUGCUGCUGCUGCUGCUGUUUCUGCUGCUGCUGCUGCCAAGAAGACGGACGCGGUGCAGCCGGACGGCGAGUUGGCUGCUGGGGAGGAUGACGCAGGCGCCUCUGGGCAGCCGGAUGAGGCCGCUGGUGCCGCAGACGAGGAUGAGGAUGAGGCUCAAGACGAGGCGGCGGGCGCGUCACGGCGCCGCACACGGAGGGCCGCUUAGUAUGAGCAAGAAUGGAUAGAUACCGAGAUCCUUGUUCUCUGGAUGCUUAUGCACAUGCUUGUGAUACGAAUAUGCGAAACAUUAAUGGAUGGCAAAUGUGCAUGCACGGUGUUUGUCAACUCUGCUUUUGUGCUCGCUUACGGGUUAGGUGCCAUAUCAGUGUACGCACCAGGCUGUUGAGGGGGGGUCGAGCCCCGCCGCCCGUCCCCACGCUGCGGCCUGGCAGGAUCCGCAGAUGGGAAGUCAGUAGAUGGAGAGUACGGUAACGGUUCUAUUUCUCGGGCUUCCAACUCAGGGUCCUGGUGGGCAUGGCCGGUGUGAAAAUGAUGUGUGGCCCUUCUCAUCUGCCCACCCACCGGACUACCAGCGGAGCCAACCUUGGAGCCAACGCAUGCUCGCAAGUUGCGACGUGACUAAUCAACGGCUAGGUAGGCUUUGGCGCAACCGGCAACCCUACUACAGAAAGCACAGUUGGCUUACGAGCACGCCAUGCGCUUUCCAGUAAUAAUUGAAUGUUGCGCUUUAUGGGUCACGGUGUGUGUGUGUGCGUGCUGCAGCGUGUGUGUGCAGAGUCUGGAGGACAGGUUGAUGCUGUCCUCCCCAGCCGCCCGGCCUAGGUCCGUUGUGAGGAGCGCUAGAUAGGUUGAUUCUGUCUCAGCGCCAGCCCUCAUACAUCGUCCUGAGUGGUCGCCUGUCCUGUGAAACUUAACACAUUGCUUCGGCGUGUGGGGACGCCGUGUUGGCGAGAGCCACAGAUGCCCUAAUAGCGUGGGGGCAUGUCGCACCCGUGGAGGGCACUGUAGAUUCUGUUUAGACCUCACGCAGCGACCACGUGGGUCAGGGCGGGUCCAAGCGGAAUCCAGCUGUAGUAGGUUUGACGGGGCGUUAUUGACGAGUGUUGCGGAACUAAUGCGUUCGUAGACCCGAGCGGAAGGCGGAGUGGGCUUGCAGGCGGCACGAGAGUAGGCAGUCAGUAGCGCAAGUUGCGAAUUCACAUGUUACCUCGUAUCCGACGGUAAACGCUGUGGACGGUCGCGCCCAUGGCUGGCUGACGGAAGUUGGCUGCUGUAUUGGGAUGGCUGGGCUGGACGACGCCGGCCGGGCUGGCGGUGGGACUACCAGAAAGGAUGCGCCCGAAACCAACCUGGAGAACACCAGCGCCACCGGUGCCCAGCACGACAUGUAAGGGAGGGAGGGA